AUGGUGUCUGCUGUGCAGGAAAUGAGUUCUGAGAAGGUGGCAAUGAACUCUCCACCCAGAGACAGUGAGGAGAAGGAGGCCAUGGAGGAGUCUGGGAGCAAUCAAAAACCCAGAACAAGUGCAGAGUCGAAUGAUCCAGCUCUGGAUCUGAAACUCUCUAAUGAUCAUGUGCAGGACCAAGGAGGUGAUCGUUCAAAGAUUGCAGCACUCCCCGGGAAUAUUAAUGGGCCCAAACAAAAUUCUCCAACUGCAUCUCAGUCAUCGAAUGAGGUGGAAAUGGAUGCAGAUCCACCCCAUGAAGGGGAGAGAAGGAACUACUACUGUAAGUAUUGCAAUAAGAUGUUUUCUAACUCACAGGCGUUGGGUGGGCACCAAAACGCCCACAAACGCGAGCGAGCUGCGGCCAAAAAGGAGAAGGGAUUAGAGGAGGCUGCUCGUGCAGCCAUAGAAUAUCGCCUUUAUCCUUUUUCCACCAUUUCACCCUACAAUAGCCGCUAUGGCUCUUUCAGCAGGCCCCUUGGGGUUCAAAGACAGUCCUUGAUACAUAAGCCCUUCAACUCCGGGCUCCAUGGUGGAAUUGGAUAUGGCAGUACUGGAGGAGUUGGAGGGCGGUCUGGAUACUCCAAUCAUAAUCGCCAGUUCCCUAUCACAAACCGACCAACCCCUAUGGUGAACCACAAAUAUGGGAUACAGCAGCCUCGGAAUAUGAGCAAUUACUGGGCUAGGGGCAUGUCUGUUGGUGUCGGCGGAUAUCAACCACCACCACUACCACAGGCUAGACCCUUCAACAUUGGUGGAUAUCAGCCACCACCGCAGCCUAGAGCCUUCAAUAUUGGUGGAUCCACUGCAAAUCCCCCUCCUUAUGCUUGGCCGAUGGGUGCUUCAAGGCCUGCUGAUCACAGAAUUGCCAGCGCUGAUCAUCACCCAGGCGGUGGCCUUUUACAGUUUCAGAGACACGAGGCGCAAGGUGGUGUUCUAGCGACCGAGAAACAAAAUGCCCCGGCGAUUGAUUUGACCCUUAGGCUCUGA